AUGCAUUAUGGCCACGCCAACGCUUUGCGGCAGGCAAAGGCAAUGGGUGAUUAUCUGGUUGUCGGUGUUCAUUCGGAUGCAGAAAUCGAAAAACACAAGGGACCUACUGUUAUGAAAGAGGGGGAGAGAUAUGCUGCAGUUGCGGCAUGUAAAUGGGUUGAUUUGGUUGUUCCAGAUGCACCUUAUUUUACAAGUCUUGAGGUAAUGGAUCAACAGAACUGUGAUUUUUGUGUGCAUGGUGAUGACAUUACCACACUUGCCGAUGGUACGGACUGUUAUCAAGCUGUAAAGGAGGCUGGGAGAUAUCGAGAAUGUAAACGUACUCAAGGUGUAUCAACUACAGAAUUGGUUGGACGCAUGUUACUGAUGACACGUGAUCAUCACAAUCGUCGAUCGUCCAUCGCUUCGAUUAAUAAUGAAGAUUUAAGUACUUUUAGUAGUAGUGCAUCAAAACAAAGUCCAGAAACAAAAAUUUCCCAUUUUUUACCAACUUCGAAAAGGAUAGUGCAAUUCUCGGAGGGAAAAGAACCAGCAGCUGGAGAUAAGGUCGUUUAUGUUGAUGGAACUUUUGAUUUGUUCCAUGUAGGACAUAUUGAAUUUUUGAAGAGAGCAAAGGCUUUGGGAGAUUAUUUGUUAGUUGGUGUUCAUGAUGAUCAAACGGUUAAUGCAAUUAAAGAAGUGAAUUAUCCUUUGAUGAAUCUUCAUGAGCGCGUUUUGAGCGUUCUCGCUUGCAGAUUUGUAGAUGAAGUUAUCAUCGGUGCACCGUACAGUGUUGACAAUAACGUAUUAUCAAAAGUUUAUAAAGUCGACAUUGUAGCUCAUGGAAAUACUCCAUCAUUGCCCGACCUAAAUGGAAAAGAUCCUUAUGAAAUUCCUAAAUCACUAGGAAUUUAUGUUGAAAUUGAAAAUCCUUCUGCUGAAUUAACGACAUCAAAAAUUAUUGAACGUAUAAUUGAACAUAGAAAGAUGUAUGAAGAGC